AUGGCUAACAGAAAAGCUUGGACUUUCCUAUUCACAUUGGCUGCUCUGCAGUCAUCGUUCGCAGCUCCUCCGGCAAACAGAUGGCAGUUACAAUUCGAAGUGACCAAUGAACUCUUUCAACUGGUAACAGACUCAUUGGAAGAGUUGAGAAAUGUUUUUCAACUGGUCAUCGACGAGGCCGAACUUAUUUUACCUCCGAACUCAAAAAGUCUCAUUCUCACGGAGCUUAAGGAAUUUGUUUCGGUCUUGGAUUCGCUGAAUUUCGAUGAUUCUUUGGAGUUGAGCAACUUGGAGGAAGCUCUCGAAGAAUUGGAAUAUAUAAUAGAAAGCGCAGACAGCAAAGAAUUCGAAUCUGAGGCGGACGAGGUUGUCGUUCAAUUAUUCAUACAACAUGGCGUUGAAGACUUGGAAAAGAUUCUGGAAAGCAAUUUAGAAACUACUUUAAAAUCAAUCGAGCGGAAGGUGGAAAACUAUUUGAGUACAUGGUCUGACAGUAGGCUGGCCAGAAAUUCGGAAUUAGUUAAGCAGUUCAAUGACUUUAAGAACGAGAAGGAUGUCUUUGAGAAAUUGGAAAAGUUGUCAAAUUCUGAUUUCGUUCGAUAACGAGAAAAUUCGAAGAUGCCAAAAACUGUUAUUCCUUUGGCUAAGUUUUAAUAAAAAUCUUUAAAAAUUUU